GUAACCUAACAUGAUGAAGCGUAGUAUCUCAAUGAUGGCGGCAGGUGCGAAGAGGAAGGCAGGCGUGGGAGAUGCCCCGAGUGCCAAAAGAACGCCUGGUCACUGGAGUCAAGGUCUUUUAUCGUCCAUGGAUGACCCAGAACUCAGAGUAGAUGCUGAUGAUAAACUUGUAAUUAUUAAGGACAAAUACCCAAAGGCACUACAUCACUUCCUUGUUUUGCCAAAGGAGAAGAUUGCCAACUUAAAGAAAUUGAAGUCAGAACAUAUACCCCUCCUUAAACACAUCCACAAGAAAGGAACUGAGAUAGCAGAGAAAGCAGACCAGAAUCUGCAGUUUCGGUUUGGCUAUCAUGCUGUUCCCAGUAUGAGCCACCUUCACAUGCAUGUGAUCAGCCAGGACUUUAACAGCCCCUUUCUCAAGACAAAGAAGCACUGGAACUCCUUCACUACUGAGUAUUUCAUUGAUUCCAAAGAUAUCAUAGACCAGCUGGAAGAAUUGGGGAGAGUAGAGACAAACACAACUGAGAAUGAGCAAAUGCUCAAGAGAGAGCUGAGGUACUGACAUCUUGGUGUCACAAGUGCUCCAAGACAUUCUCAACAAUGCCAGCCCUCAAGUCUCACAUUGUCCUGCACAACGCAUCUAAAAAAAAGUCAUGAUAGUUUCACAGGCUUGCUUAUGUAUAAACUGUAAAUAAAGCAUCACUCUUCA